UCUCUGGACUUUGCUCCUCUCUCUAUCGCUCUCCUUUUCUCUCCAGAGUUUCCAAGGGGGCCACCGGAACUGUUCCUCUUCUCGCAGAUUCGAUCAAUUCAGUUGAGUCCAAGAAUUCUGAUCCACCCUGUUUUGCGCUACUUUAUCAUUGGUGUCACUCUGGCCAUGGUACAGUCCGCACAGCCGUCUCAGCCUCUGAUGGGACUUGUAACAUGCACUGCCCAAACAGCCUACGCUGCUCCUUACCAAUCUGCUGCAAUGGUUCCGGGAGCUCCAGCAGUGAUCGGAGCCAUAUCACCUGGCAUGCAACUGACAUCAACAUUCCCCACCAACCCGCACCAGCUCGCAUAUCAGCAAAUCCAACAGCUGCAUCAGCAGCAGCAGCUGCAACAACAUCCGCAGCUCCAGGCCUUCUGGGCCAUGCAGAUGGCAGACAUAGAAGAAACCAAUGACUUCAAGAACCACAGCCUGCCUCUCUCUAGGAUAAAGAAAAUCAUGAAAUCUGAUGGAGAUGUCAAGAUGAUCUCAGCUGAGGCUCCUAUGAUAUUUGCAAAGGCGUGUGAGAUGUUCAUACUGGAGCUGACACUGAGAUCAUGGAAUCAUACUGAGGAGAAUAAAAGAAGAACACUUCAAAAGAAUGAUGUAGCUGCCGCUAUAUCCCAGACUGACAUAUUUGACUUCUUUGUUGAUGUCAUUCCCAGGAAUGAAUUAAAGGAAGAAGGCUCCAGGAUUGCAAGUGCUGCUUUGCCAGUGAUAUGUGCUCAGGCCGACUAUCAUGUACCACCACAGCAUCAAGUAACAGGCACAGAGAUGAUCUUGGGGAAGCCUGUUGAUCAAACAUCCACAGCUGCAAUGUAGACUCCAGUUGCUUACAUGUGGCAGCAGCCACAGCAGCAGCAACAGGUGCCUGAUAGCAGCUGAACAUAUGAAAUGGUUAGAAAGCUAUUUUAUGUUUCUGGUUUCUUCAGAUAUAGGAAGGAACAUUGUUAGAUGGAAUUUCAUGUUCCCUAAUGUGUCAGUACAAGUAGUCAAGCUUGUAGUAGACCUCUUUUCACUUGGGUAGUAGGUGAAAUAAGAAAAACUUGUCACUUGCAUGCAGAUGGAAGGGGCACAACUAUUGUAAAGUGGUGCCGUCUUAAGCUUCCGUUCUGUGACUCUAUAGACAAUAAACUUUACUGCUCUUAAUCUAUGACUGAUGCAUUAAUGAUCUUGAGACCUUCAGAAAGUUCCCUUUUAUUCAUGGUAAGUUACAGGCUGAGUAUAGUGUGAAGUGCCAGCAUGGAAGCCAUGCCGAAAAUUACUAUUUCAGUGCUUGCAAUACUAGAUGUUAUCAAGUAUGUCUUUCUAUGGGUAAGAUACAGUGUUUACAAUGAAGGUGUGACAUGGAACACAAGCCAAUCAUUAGUGGCUUAGUGCUUACAUGCAAUCGAUAAGCAUGUCUUUCAGUAGGUAAGCAUGUUGUGUUUAUACUGAUGCAGAACAUGUACCAAAUAUUGCUAAUUUAGUGCAUCCCUGCUUGAUAUAAUUAAGAAUGUCUUUCAACAGGUACAGUAGAUCUCAGAUGAGCCAAUGUAUUAUAGACAGGAACUUUGCCGUGCAUGUAUUAUAGAUGAACUUUGCCUUGCUAAAGAAUUUGAGAAGACAUGGGCGAUCCUGAUAUUAUUUCCAGACCUCUCAUUUUACGUUUUAAGAUUUCACUGCAUGAUUUGCGUGCACCAGCAGGCAAAACAAAUAUAUAGGGCUCCAUCCGGCCAUGGAACAGACCUCUCUCUCUCUCUCUCUCUCUCUCUCUCUAUCUAUCUAUCUAUCUCUCUGGGUGGGAUUGUGCCUAGGUAAAAUAUCUGGAAACUUUGGGAUGAAGACCCUUUGCGUAGGAGGGGUGUGACAACUGCAGCAAUGCCAGUUGAGGAGAAGCUUUUGCUUUGUAUCAACCUCUUUCUUCUUUUCAGCAACCUUCUUUAGGAUGUCUUGAUGAUAUCUAUCGUUCAAAUCUUCAUCAGUGUAUAUGCUUUAGAAAUUUGCCUAUAUCUCUUCACAAGGAUCUCUGUGCCGGAGAGAGUAAUUUGGUCACUUAUUCAAGGGAGCUAUCAUUUUAACUCAUUUCUUGGAGUAUAUAGCAGAAUUGAGCUACGAACUCCUGUUGGUUUGCCUCGCGCAAAAUGCCAUGGCUAUUCUGGCAUCUCUACCAACAAAGGGCCUCGAUGAUGCUCCUAGAAAGCGAUCAUACUCUGAUACCAGCAGUCAAAAGCCAAGUUCCUGCAUAAGCUCUUGAUGCACUCUUAUGUUUCUGUGUCAAUGUAAAACGGGGCUGAGAACACAAAGCAUACAAUAGAACAUGUAAAGAUUAAGAAGAUGAAUGAACCUUCUACCAAUUCAUAUGAUAAAAGAAUUCAAGCUCUUUUCGGCACUAUGGCACAUGUAAUGGGAAAGAUCCCUAUUCUCAUAUUGCAACCAACCAUUUUAUACAUCAUGAAUGUCUUUCUUUUGAUGAAACAAAGGAGCCAAAGACCCUAAAUGCUUUUCACUCAACUGAUCAACAUAUUUCCAAACAUAGCAUAUCUCACAAUUAGUCAAAACCUGCGAACCACUUUGGGAGAGCACUUCAUUUCUGUAA